AGACAAAUUCCCAUAGUAGCAAAUCAGUAUAUUGUUGACAUUUCUCGACUCAGUUCGAAACAGUGCGCAUUUUGCGUUUGCCAAAAAGGGUACAUCAUGUUUUUACAUUUAAAUUCAAACAAAAAAUUCUCUUGUAAACACGCAUAAUUGGUGACUAGAGUGUGUUAAAUUAUAGUGGUGUAAACAUGGUGUCGUCAAAGAAAAUUAUGUUUUUAGCAUGUGGCUCAUUCAAUCCUCCCACUCCAAUGCAUUUGAGAAUGUUCGAAAUUGCACGUGAUGAAUUUCGCGAACGAGAAGAGUAUGAAGUUAUCGGUGGCAUUAUGUCUCCUGUCCAUGAUUCAUAUCGAAAACCUGACUUGGUUGCUGGUCUUCACAGAUGCGCAAUGGUUAAAAUAUCAAUUCAAUCAUCUGAGUGGAUUCGAUUAUCAGACUGGGAAUGCAACGAACAAACUGACUGGACGCGUACACGUUGUGUGUUACAAUAUCAUCAGAAUUACAUCAAUUCAAUUUUGAACGAUAAAACAUCGAAUGGAGUUAAUGGAACCAUACCCAGUUGGUUACCACCUAACAUUUACAAGUACAAAGGAAGCCGAGUACAAGUCAAACUAUUGUGUGGUGCCGAUUUGCUGGAAUCAUUUGCCACGCCAAAUCUUUGGAAAGAAGAUGAUAUCGAAGCCAUUCUUGGAGAGCACGGUAUUGUGGUGAUAUCACGAAGCGGAAAUUGUCCCGAAAAGUUUAUCUUUCAGUCUGAUUUGUUGACCAAAUUCAAAAAGAAAAUCGACAUCGUGACAAAUUGGGUUCCAAACGAGGUUAGUUCAACGUUAGCGCGUCGAUAUUUGCGUCGUGGUCUUUCUGUCAAGUAUAUGCUUGAUGAUAAUGUGGUCGAAUAUCUUCGACAACAAAAAUUGUACGGUGCUGAUUCUAGUAAACAUAUUUUGACACCGAGUCAGAGUGAAGCUGUAUUGGUGCGACCGUUAUCGCCAAAUUAUAUAAACGACAAUUAUAUUAAGAAAACAGAUCAAGCCAAUUAUAAUUAUGAAACAAUGGAUGAAACGGAUAAUUCGCCAAAAAAGUCUUCGAAAUGCGCAACGAGCGCAUCCGCCAAUAGUGAUGAUGGUCCGUCCGGUGAUCGGUCACGUUUAUUGUCGACGACAAAUAGUCAAAAAACACGACUCAAUCGUCCUGGUCAAGCCAUUCAAAUUCGUACAGAUAUGAACGGAACACGUACGAUCGAUCAUGAAGAUGAGGUGGGUGUCUGUAAAAUAAGCACAAUCACACUUUCACCCGAUAAUAAAUCACUGGAAAAGAAAAUCGAAUAUAUAUCCGAUAAUCAGCUAGACAAACUAACCAACGGUAUCAAUGAUACCGAUCAUCACCAUGAUCAUGUCACUGGCAAAUCCAGUGAUACACUUAGCGCUGAAUGUUUGCCAAGCACUACGAAACGUAGCCAAAACGAUCUUAUUCAGUUUGUAUUCACAUCGCACGGAAUUCGCGUAAUUAGUGAUAAAGAAUAUGUUGUUUAACUCUCCACCUUUGUACCAAAUCCAAAAAUGUCAAAUUUACAUAUUCACGCCCACACCUACACACUAUCUCAAGUGCACAAAACAUAAGUAUUUAUAUUGAUAUAUAUGCUCAAAUUUGAAGAGACUAUAUUAAAUUUAUAACCAAUAGAUUCUAGAAAAUAUUUAUGUUGAUUUAGUUUCAUUAGGAAAUGAAAACACAGAGAUAUAAACAUUUUUACAUUUGCUCGGAUAUGCAAUAUCAUUCUCAACAGCAUACAAAAACAUUUUGCUCAAAUGCACAAGCAUUGAAAGCACAGAAAUUAACCACAAUAAUAAUACUAAUAAUAAUGAUAGAACCAAGUUGUUGAUCAUGUAAUUAGAUCACGAUUAUACGCACAAAAAUUCAAUCGAUUUUAAGAAUUUUAGAGCGCAACAAAUAAUACACAUUUUACGUAGAAAAUACAACAUACAAAUAGACAUCUAUAUCUAACUAUAUAACUAUAGUUCGUCCACCAAUUUGAUUUUUCGUUUUCUAUCUUAUGUAUAGACGAUAUGAGUGCUACAAUUUAAUUUUCUGCAUGU